UGGGUGUGGUUUACGUUAUUAACAAUAAAAUGGCUACCAUUGCUCAAGCUAACAAACGUGUUUUAUACGUUGGCGGCUUAUCGGAAGAGGUCAAUGAAAAGAUACUCCAUUCUGCCUUUAUUCCUUUUGGUGAUAUUGUGGACAUUAGCAUUCCUCUGGACUACUCCUCCCAGAAGCACAGAGGGUUUGCUUUUGUGGAGUUUGAAGCAACUGAGGAUGCAGCUGCUGCUAUUGAUAAUAUGGAUAAUUCUGAAAUAUUCGGACGUACAAUCCGAGUGAACAUAGCGAGACCCAAGAUGCUGAAAGAGGGCAGUUCAAGGCCAGUCUGGUCAGAGGAUACCUGGAUCAAGACAUACGUGGGGAAGACACUGGAAGAGAGAGAGGAAGAGAAGGGCGUGGCUGAGGGAGAGAAGGGCGGGGCUGAAGGGGAGGAAGGGGAGCCUCCCACCAAGAAACAUGCUAAACCUCGUGUCUAUUUUGAUAUUCUGAUUGGUCAAUCUUCUGCUGGUCGUAUUGUGAUGGAGCUACACUCAGACAUUGUACCUCGGACUGCUGAAAACUUUCGUAUGCUUUGUACGGGAGAAAAGGGAUACGGGUUUAAAGGGUGUCCAUUUCAUAGAAUAAUACCAAAGUUCAUGUGUCAAGGUGGAGACUUUACCAAUCGAAACGGGACAGGCGGUAAAUCUAUUUAUGGUAACAAGUUUGACGAUGAGAAUUUCCAAUUAAAGCACACCAAACCUGGUCUAUUGUCAAUGGCUAAUUCAGGUCCUAAUACCAACGGGUCUCAGUUCUUCAUAACCCUGGAUAAGACCGGCUGGCUGGAUGGUAAACAUGUGGUGUUUGGGCAGGUUAUUGAAGGAUUGGAUGUUGUUAGGGAAAUGGAAAGAGCCGGAACCCAAUCAGGGAAGACAAGUAGAUCAGUUGUAAUAUCAAACUGUGGAGAAAUAUAAACUCAAAUACAUGUACAUGUAUUUAGAUUAUGAUGUAUGCUUCCCUUUUGUUGUUUAAACUUGUUCAGUGGCCCUUGGCUUUGUUUAUUAAUAAUUUCAUCAUUUUAGUUCAACAAUUCCACUUCAA